GUCUUCACAAACCAUUCAGACUCUGUCGCUUUCACUUGCCGUCUUUUCAGUUAACCAAGGAGAACAAGGAAGGAGCUCGCAUGGACUGCAUGAGUGGAGGCUUUCACAAGCAAAUGCGACAAAUCAACUCAUGACCCGGGCAUUCUGCAUGUGCUCCUGAACAAUUUUAUUCUGCACAAGAUGUCAAGUCAGAACACGUGCUACUAUGAUGAGCGAAUGGGAUUUUUUUACAACAAAAGCAAACAGACAAUUGAUGAUUGGGAGUUCACGCAUCUCAUAGCGCUUCAGUGCGUGGGCUGCAUCUUUUGUUGUUUCAUCCUGGUGUCCAAUGCAAUGGUCAUCCUUUCUGUCAUCACCAACAACCGCUUCCACAAUGCAUUUUAUUAUCUUGUAGCCAACCUUGCAGCCUCAGACUUUCUUGCUGGGAUUGCAUAUGUGUAUCUCAUGUUCAACACAGGCUCAGUGUCCCAAACACUGAGUGUGCAGCAGUACUUUCUUCGGCAGGGCCUGUUGGACACAAGCCUCUCAGCAUCACUCACAAAUCUGUUGGUUAUUGCUCUGGAACGCUACAUCUCAAUCAUGAACUGGAAAGUACACAGCAACCUUACAAAGCGGCGGGUAACCCUCUUGAUUGUGCUGGUUUGGGUCAUUUCCAUCUUUAUGGGUGCGGUACCAAGCAUGGGCUGGAACUGCAUCUGCAGUAUCGAGCAGUGCUCAAUGCUGGCACCGAUCUUCAGCAGGAGCUACCUGAUCUUCUGGUCACUUUUCAACCUGGGGGUUUUCCUCAUAAUGGUAGCCAUAUACCUAAGGAUAUAUGCCUAUGUCAGGAAGAAAACAACUGUCUUAAAUGGCCAUGCCACUGGAUCUUUGAAACGCAAGAAGACACCAAUCAAGCUCAUUAAAACAGUGAUGACUGUUUUGGGGGUUUUUGUGAUCUGUUGGACACCUGGUCUUGUUGUGCUGCUCCUGGAUGGCUUAAAAUGUGAACAAUGUAAUUUGCUGAAGUUUAAGCGCUGGUUUCUUCUUCUGGCUGUCCUCAACUCUGUAAUGAACCCUAUCAUAUACUCCUACAAGGACAAGGAGAUGUGGGCCACCCUCAAGAAUUUGCUGCGAUGUGUCUAUAAUGGCACCCGGCGCCAGAGGUCAUCACGGGCUAACACUCGUACUAUGACCUCAACCACAGAAAUGAACACCAGUCUACGUCUUUCAGAUGAGAAAAAGACAACACAGGACAUGGCACAGACCUAAUAGCUCUGCUUUGUUACAUAGGUAUUCAUAUUCAGAGCAGUGAAUUAUUAUGUAGAGUUUUUUUUCUAAAAAAUCCCACUGUUUCUUUUAAGUAGUGUGAAUUGUUAUUAGCAAGAGCCUUAACUGAUCAUUAGACCCUGGAGAGAAUGUCAGAAAAUAGAGCCCAAUGGCACCUUUUUUUCUUUUUGUACUGUACAUUCAGGGUUUUUUAUAGUGCCAGAGAAGUUGUAUGAUAUGUUAACCUUGAGCCUGAGUUGAAUUUUUAUUAUUA